UGAAGGGGAGGAGAGAACAGGGCAGGAGAGGGGUUGAGAUUGUUUAGGAAGGGUGAGUGGUUAUUUGUCUGUCUUGUUCUGCCCUCCCUUGCUCUCUCUCUCUUUCAGAGUUUCCUCUUUACACUUACUCUUUACAAAAUGACCUGGAAAGAGACUGUUCCUAAAAAAUCUUGGCUACUUCUGGAAAACUGACCAAAGAAAUUGAGGAUUUAUGAAUUGAGGACUUGAUGAAUGUAGGCUUGAAAACAAACAUUUUUGAGAGAUUGUUUGUAAACAGUUUUGAGAGAUUAUUUGUUUGUGCUUUUCUGGACAAGACGUUUCCCCUCCACUCUUUCUAAACCACAGCAGUUGUCUUCAUUCCUGUUGGACUAUGGUAUAUUCUGGCGCUCUGCCCCUAUCUGGGUUACCUGAUUUCAUUGGAUUAUUCUUUGGAUUACUGAGGAACACUGGUGAAGAUAUAUUGUAUAAAGUGUGCUCUUUUCAACCAAAGCUGUCAACCAUAAAGAUAGAAUGACAUUUACCAAACCGUCCAUGCCAUACAUGCCAGACAUCUAGACCACUCCCUCAUUCAACUGUCAUAGAUAGGGCUGCGCUGAACUGAUCCCACUCGGACUAACACACCACAACCAGGAAUCCCUCCUCAGGACAAUGGCCACGGGAGGGAACGGGCUAGGAUCUGACCGGAGCCUGAAAUCCACCUCCCAGCCGCCCAGUGCCUCUGACCGGAGCCUGAAAUCCACCUCCCAGCCGCCCAGUGCCUCUGACCGGCGGCAGGUGGACAAGGCCCUGAAGAGGCUGGAGAAGCUGCAUCGGCUGUGUACCAACCCCAGGCUGGGCCUGAGGAACAGCCCCCCGUACCUCCCCGAUGUGGUCUCAGAGACAGCCACGCUGCUCACCCAGGUGUGGGAGCCGUACAGGGGGCCUGCAGCUGGGGGGCAGGCCCCCCGGGGGGACGAGGGGGAGUACCUGAGGAUCCAUGCAAGACACCUGCUGGAUAAGACUAAGCGGGCCGUGCUGCUGUUUAAAGAGGGGCGCGAUAAGAUGUUCGAGGAGAUGUCCAGCUACAGGAGAAACUUGACCAAGCUGUCCCUGCUCUUCAGUCACAUGCUCUGGGAGCUACGGGCCAUGUUUCCCGAGGGAAGCUUUCAAGGUGACACCUUUAGGCUGACUAAGACAGAGGCCGGAGAGUUCUGGAGGCGAGCAUUUGGAACCAAGUGUAUUGUACAGUGGAGCAGUUUUAAGCAGCAUCUCCGUAGGGUCCAUGGCUUUGAAGAGGGGAUGGAGUCCAUGGCUCUAAAGUCCACUGUAGAUCUCACCUGUAACAACCACAUCUCAGUGUUCGAGUUUGACAUCUUCACCAGGCUAUUCCAGCCCUGGAGGUCUCUUCUGAGGAACUGGAACCAGUUGGCAGUGACCCAUCCCGGUUACAUGGCCUUCCUCACCUACGACCAGGUCAAAGCCCGCCUCCAAAACUACCUGCACCGGCCCGGGAGCUACAUCUUUCGUCUGAGCUGCACUCGGAUGGGCCAGUGGGCCAUUGGUCAUGUGACUGGUGAUGGUGGCAUCGUACAGACGAUCCCCCAGAAUACACCUCUCUACCAGGCCCUCAUCCAGGGCUUCACGGAGGGCUGCUAUCUUUACCCUGACGGACGUGAUGUGAACCCAGACCUCACCAGUCUGUGUGAACCAGCACAGAGAAGCAGGGUCAAAGUCACAGAGGACGAGUAUGAGAUGUACUGUGAGAUGGGUAGUACCUUCCAGCUGUGUAAGAUCUGUACAGAGAGAGACAAGGACACACGCAUCCAGCCCUGCGGACACCUGCUGUGCCAACCCUGCCUCACAGGAUGGCAGAAGUCGGAUGGACACACCUGCCCAUACUGUCGCUGUGACAUCAGAGGGACAGAGUCCAUUCUGGUGGAUCCUUACCUGUCUGUCAGCGAGGAAGAGGAAGAUGACCUGGAGGAUGUACAGCUAGUCAUGAAAAACCUGGCCUAUAUGAAGAGGAUGUCGUCUGAAGAGUACCAGUUCCCCAGCUCUCGCCUCGUUCCACCCCUCCCUCCCAAACACAGCACCUUCUCCCACUGCCCUUCCCCACAAGCCCCCUUACGGCCCUCCGAUAUACUGGCCAAAUACUCCCACUCUAACUCACGUUCUGCUCACAGUGACACCCCCUCAGACAGAGCGCUCACACACCACACUGCCAGCACUAACAGAUGCCAGUGGGAGGAGCUAGCUAGUAGUGAGGAGGAGAAUUCUGGGGGGUUCAGACAACCGCCCACACUCCCAAUCUCUCACAGGCCAGCCAUGCCUGUCCCCAAUGGGACUUUCAAAAAGUGUGUGUUUAUUAUUAGCGUAACACAAUAAUAUGCUUGCUGUACAUAAAAUAGUAAAUGUGGCCACAAGUACCAUGUUUUAAUUGUAAACAUUAUUUGUAUAGCACCUUGUAUACAGUAUUAGCUUUCCAGAGUGUUAAAAGAUGACGGUGGUGAAUGCUGUUGUGUUCUCUGUGUAACAGUGAGGAUGCUGUCUCAGAGCCAAACUUCCACUCCUGUUCCGUCUCCUCCCAGUCCUGUGGAGAGGGUGAGUAUCGGAGAGGAGAGGGGAGGAAGUGGAGGGCUGUUCUAUACCAUAAUAAAGUAUUUUACAGGGGCUUUUCCACUUACUGUAACACACACUUGACCCCUCACUAACCUCUCUCUAUCUAUCGAUAGAUAUCGAUCUAUUGAUCUAUUGAUCUAACAUUUCUCUUGAAGGUGGAGCAGCCUGGGAAGGGGCUUCAGAUUCAGUGAAACAGAAGAAGAGGUACAAAGAAAGGAGUGAAAGGAUGUCAGAGCUCGGGUACAGCCAGAGAGAGCGGGAGAGAACCAUGUCCUCCUGACGCUGGGAGAAAAGAUAAGCACAACAUCUCUGACUCAAGAAUGGAUGGAUAAUUGGAAUAAGAAAGGUUGAUUUCCACUGUUCCUGAUAAACAGCCAUUGUUAAUCUUAUGUACCUUAUGUAUAUGUAUCUUAUGUAUGCCUUAAUAUGGAGGGAGAAUGCCCUGUUGAUAAACUAAUAAUGACAUCAAAGUGAAUGGAGAAGGACAGACU